CGUUUAUCUGUCAAGUUCAGGUAAUUGGGAUGCUGCUCUGUUGGGGCGUUGCAGGUUAUCAUGGGCUGUGACUUGCCUUAGGACUACGCAUGCUUCUACUAGACUGAGCUCAUGUCGGCCCCCGGGGAAGGGAAGGCAGGGCAUGGCGGCGGCGGCGGCGGCGGAGGCCUGGGGGGCCCCGGGGGAGACGGGCGGCUCCUCGUCACGGAGAUCCGACACCACAACUUCGACGCCAUCCGCUUCGCCUCCUACAGGACCGCCGCCAAGCUGCGCUUCGUCCAGAAGAAGACCAACAUGCACCUGGUAGACAUCUGGAACAUCAUAGAAGCAUUUCGGGAAAAUGGAUUGAACUCUUUAGAGCCUUCUACAGAGGUCAAAGUGUCUCGACUGGAGACUCUCAUCUCAACGCUGUACCACAGUCUCAACAAGCGGCUUCCUGUAGGGCAACACAUAGUCAUUGAUUCAUCGACUUCUGUUCUUCUGAACUGGCUUCUGUCUGCUUAUGACAAGGAAAAUGAGGGAAAGCUAAGAGUUUUUAGCGUAAAGGUAGCAUUGGCAACACUGUGUAAUAGCAAACCCCUCGACAAGCUCAGGUAUGUGUUCUCUCAAAUAUCAGACAGCAACGGACAUCUUGCACUUACGCGCUUUUCAGAGUAUUUGCAGGAAGUCCUUGCUCUACCUGCAGCUGUAUUUGAAUCUCCAAGCUUUGCCUACUCGGACAAUUUAGCAACACACAUUUUUGAUGGGGUGAAACGAAUCAAUGUUAACGACUUCUUAGAGGUGGUUCUCGAAGAUCCUGGACCUGAAUGUCUGGCCUGGCUGCCUCUCCUGCAUCGUCUUGCAGCAUCUGAGUCAGAUUCUCAGUGGGCUGUUGAACUGAUAGAUGAUGACUUUGUUAAUGAGUUUAUUCAUCAGACCAUGUGUGAUGGCUGCAGACGGGAAAACUUCUCUGGACUGCGCUAUAAAUGCGAAAAGUGCCAUAACUACAGCAUGUGUCAAGAAUGCUUUUGGCUGGGAAGGUUCUCACCCCCUCACUCUAUUCACCAUCAAGUCAAGGAGUACACAGCUUUUACUCCAACGCGGCACUCUUUUCGGCGCAGUCUAAAGUGUGUUCCUGACAGACCUUCUGUAGACAGACCAAGAUUUCCAGAAAUGCCAGAGAAGACACUAAAUCUUUCUCAUAUUGUGCCCCCUUCACCUCUUCCAUCACACAAUGGCUUUGAGGGGGGAGCCUCAGCACCGAUACCUACCUCCUUAGAAAGUCGGUCUUCCAGUAGAAGUUGUGUCAGCAGCUUGCCAGACUGGAGUCAGUUGGAUGAAGAGCAUCGACUUAUUGCUCACUAUGCUGCUCGUCUUGCUAACCAGACCUCCUUUUCUGGAAGUGAAAGUGUGGACUCAAGUCCUGGCUUUGAUGCGUCUUCUACUCAGCGAGAUCUGAUCUUGUCCCUGGAAGCAAAGAAUAGGGAAAUUAUGAAGGAAAUUAAUAUUCUAAGGAACAGAGUGUAUGUUUGCAGGCAGCAGCAGGAAAGAGCUGAGGGCAGCAGUAACCCUACAUUGGUGGCAGAGCUUCGUGCUUUGCGGUCUCAUCGACAUGAGCUGGAGUCUAACUUGUCUUAUCUGCAAGAUUCACGCAAGCAGUUGAUGCAGCAACUCGAGGGGCUUAUGAAGAUGCUCAAAAACCGCCAGACCUCACCCACUACCCCCAAUGGCUCCCCCAAGUCUCCUCCUCUCUCCUCGGGGGGAACAAUGGGUAGUGGCAGCAUUAUGACUCACUUGCCUGGGGGCACUCAGGGGUCCACGUCUUCCUCCCGCUCAGCUCCCCCCACACCCUCGCACACACCACAGGUUUCCACACUUGACUCCCUUUCCUCAUUACAUGUGGAUGGACUGCAGUCGGCUGUGUCUUCAGUUUUCUCAAGUGCAGGUUCAAGCUGCACUCCAGACAAUUCUCCAGAUGAUGAUGAUAGUUUGGCCUCUCGCAGCUUAAGAAAUGAUCUCCUGGUAGCAGCUGAUUCAGUCACCAAUGCAAUGUCUAGCCUUGUAAGGGAGUUGAACUCAGAUGAAAUCAUUGCAGAAAGCUCGGAUGAUGACUCCCUUCUUACCAGAAACCUACCUAAUCGAGACUAUGACUUUAAGGGUCUUUAUGAAAGCCCAGCUUGGCGUGGCCUGAACGAGAGAGGGUAUAAUGAGGAGGAUGGGGCUUUGCCUCGCCUCCAUGAGCGUAAGCCUAGCGGUGAUUUGCACUUCUCUAGCACACAGGGGGGACAAGGAAGUCAAAGCAAGCGGAGAAGCAGCUUAGGAGCCAACGAACAAAGGAAUGGAUCACACAGGCGAGAAGGAGACACACCUGAUUGGGAGGAGGAAAGGGCAGCAUGGGUCAACAGGUAGAUAAGAACACAGACGGGAAAGCCGCUCACAGAAACUGGUGCCAAGAUAAGAGUGCCAGCCUGGUUUUCCAGAGAGGAAGUGAUUCUCAAGGGCUGAUUUGAUGAUAGACAAACAUGAAUUAGCUUUCAUCCAGUCAGACUGUUACAACUCAGUCACUAUAGUGCUCAUCAUCUCUCCUAUGCCACCAAACACAUACCUUUAUUCUCAUAAGUAUCAUGUUGUAACUAUGAUCACAUGUAGAAGGGUUAUUAUCUUCUGAAGGUGUCACAAAUAUUAUAAGCUGACUGUUCUAUGGUCCGCUCAGUACGUUGUUUACCAGAUCUGAAACCUAAUAACUGUAUAAUCUGCAGGUAUAACAUUCCAGUAGACAUUUGUGUCUCUCAAUCCAUAACUUAACUGUUAAUGAUCAUUAGUUAACAUGAGGGAAAGAAGAAGUGAUACCUGAGCUGAAACAAAAAGAUAUUGUCAUCAAAUUAUAAGAAAAGUAUGCAUGAUCCAUUGUUCCUUAUUUGGUAGACUGUUUCAUUCCUAAUAGAGUGCUGAAUGAAACAUGUUAUUUAGAAAGGUGAGCCAUAUGAUUUCAGAAAACUGUAACCAUAUUAAGAAAAUGGUAUAUUCACAAGUACUAGGCUGUGACACAAAUGGCUUUGAAAUUUUUGUCACCUAGAAAGCUAUCAAAUAAAUUUAGCAUAUCAGAGGCUUAAAAUGUUUUCUUGUGUUUUACAGUGUUUGUGCAUAUUUAUGUUUAUACUUCAUAAAUUUUGAAUUUUCACACACUCACACACUUACAUGCUUCCAUAGACUCACUUGCUUCCAUACACUCACAUGCUUCCACACAUUCACUUAUGCACACACUCAUAUUCUCACAUACUCACAUGCUUGCAUGCAAAGACAUGCUUAUACACCAAUGCUUUACUCUCUUACAUACUCAUACAAUCUCACACAUACACACAUUUACACACACGCACGCACACAUACACGCACUCACGCAAGCACACACACAUACACACACACACACACAUGCACACACACACACACACACA